AUGGAGUGGCUGUGGCAUUUUCUGAGGGUGGGCAGCAAAGAGGGCUGCGUGCUGAAUCUGGCGGCCGAUGAGCACAUUCAUGGCAUCUCUGCCGUCUCCGGGAGGCCCGGCAUCACUGUCAUCAGCUCUUUCCUCAGUGACGGCGGCCAGUCCCUCAGAUGCCGUGUUGUCAGCCUGGCAGGGGUCUUGAGGGGGACGCCGCACGACUGGAUGCCGCUGUGGACCAACGAGCCCCUGCACAACCCUGGCUUCAUCGAGCUGUCUGAUGGGGGUGCGCACGCCCUCGUCUUUGACCCAGCCAAGGGGCAGUAUAGCGUCUGGGACGUGGGGUCUCGCAGCGUGAUCUUCGGGUUUGCCAGCACCGGAGUGGUGGAUGCCGUCUUCGCCUCGGAGGAUGCGGUGCUGUGCAUCAGGCCGAGCCCGGCAGGCGGGACGCAGCGGCUGACCCUGCUGGCCCUGGUCGACGGCUCAUCGAUGCAUGACACCGUCGGCCCCGGCCCCGCCUGCCCCACCCGGCGGCACGAGGUGAACGGCCCUUGGCUCUUCAUGCACGGCGCGGACGGCGCCUCUGCGCUGGUGCUGGGACGUGGCGGGCGUGGCGCCUGCCUCCACGUCAUCGACCUCGCGUCGCUGACGAGGCGCUGCGUGCUGGAGGGCCACGCCAAGACCCUGGGGCCCGUCACCGCCCUGUGUCUGGACGAGGCCGGAGGCCGGCUGGCCACCGGCGACGCGAGGGGCCAUGUUCACCUCUGGACCUGA